CAGGAACUGGAGCUGGGAGCAGUUGCCCCCAGGCAGCCCUGUCCAACUCCUCUUGACCCUCUCUCAGGGCAUCAGACAUCUGGGAGAAGCUUGGCAAUAUGGAGUCUGUUUAUAUUCUGGACCCUGAAGAUGCAGCGCUGCUCUUUUCAUGCGAGGGUCCCUACCCGGAACGAUACCUUGUGCCCCCUUGGGUUGCUUAUCACCAGUAUUACAAGAGACCCAUAGGGGUCCUGUUUAAGAGUUCAGACGCUUGGAAGAGAGAUAGACUUGUCCUAAACCAGGAAGUGAUGGCGCCUGAAGCCAUCAAGAACUUCGUGCCCCUGCUGGAAACUGUAGUUCGGGACUUCAUCGAUGUCUUACACAGACGCAUCAAGCAGCAGAAGUCUGGAAAUUUCUCAGGGGACAUCAGUGGUGACUUGUUCCGCUUUGCCUUUGAGUCCAUCACCAGUGUUGUAUUUGGGGAGCGCCUGGGAAUGUUGGAGGAGAUAGUGGACCCUGAGUCCCAGCGGUUCAUCGAUGCCGUCUACCAGAUGUUUCACACCAGUGUCCCCAUGCUCAACCUGCCUCCAGAACUUUUUCGAUUCUUCAGAACUAAGACCUGGAAGGAGCAUGCAGCUGCCUGGGAUGUGAUUUUUGAAAAAGCUCAUGAUUACACCAAGAACUUCUACUGGGACUUAAGGCAGAAGCAAGAGUACAGCAAGUACCCUGGUGUCCUUUAUAGCCUCCUGGGUGGCAACAAGCUGCCCUUCAAGAACAUCCAGGCCAACAUUACAGAGAUGCUGGCAGGAGGGGUGGACACGACCUCCAUGACCCUGCAGUGGAACCUUUAUGAGAUGGCACACAACUUGGAGGUACAGGAGAUGCUGCGGGCAGAGGUUCUGGCUGCCCGGCGCCAGGCCCAGGGAGACAUGGUCAAGAUGGUGCAGUUGGUCCCACUCCUAAAAGCCAGUAUCAAGGAGACACUGAGACUCCACCCCAUCUCCGUGACCUUGCAGAGAUAUCUUGCAGAUGACCUGGUACUUCGAAAUUACAGGAUUCCUGCCAAGAUGCUGGUGCAGGUGGCUAACUAUGCCAUGGGCCGAGUACCCAGCUUCUUCCCCAACCCAAACAAGUUUGACCCAACUCGGUGGCUGGAAAAAAGCAAAAAUAUCACCCACUUCCGUUACUUGGGCUUUGGCUGGGGUAUUCGGCAGUGUCUGGGCCGGCGGAUUGCAGAGCUGGAGAUGACCAUCUUCCUCAUUAAUGUGCUGGAGAACUUUAGAAUUGAAGUCCAGAGUUUCCAUGAUGUGGGGACCAAGUUCAACCUCAUCCUGAUGCCUGAGAAGCCCAUCUUCUUCAACUUCCAUCCUCUCAAGAAGGACCUUGGCACAACCAUGAUCAGAUAGGGUGGCACUGUCUGAACUUCAGUCUGGAGUCACAUGGGGAGAUGACCUAAUGGGGACAUUUGGGUGGGUGUCUCUGUAUCUCCAGAAAAACCUGAUCCUUUGGGGUGGUUCUUAGCUCUCAGUGGCCACCUACCUAGGUUAGCUGGACCCUCCUCUUCUUCAUCCCCUCUCCUCCUUUAUUUACCCAGAAAGUUAAUAAACAAAUAAACUCUG